UGGUUGGUACACGGAAGCAGAAUUAGUCAAAAGCUCCAACCUGUCAAUCUGUCCACGCGGAUAGAGUCGAGAGCUGAAAGGAGACAGAAUAAACACACUCGUUUUCGGUUUUUAAUCCUUUUUGAGACACGAUGCGGACUGCUUUCCUGCUGCUCACAACAUGUCUGUGUGUCUGCUUGGUCAGAGGUACACCAGUAACCAAGGACAAAGCAGUAGCAGGACCCAUUUCAUUACAGAAAACUCCAAACGUAGCUGCUUCUACUGUAACUGAAAAUAAAGAUGGGGGAAAAGGUAUUGGCGUCCCAGGAUCAAAAACACCAGAAGCAGAUGAAAAACCCACAGUAAAGCCAGACGGGGAAAAAGCGUCAGAUGUGACCAAACCGUCUAACGAAUCCACACAGGCUGACGGGGACUCUGGCAAGAAAGGACAAGACAACAACGAGACGAAUACAACAAGUGCGGAAAGCCACGAUGAUGAAAACAGCAAGAAAGGGACAGAUGGGAAUAACCAGGACCCUGGAGAAGGGAAGACAACACCCACUGUUAAGCCUGCAACCACAACGACAUCCGUGAAAGGAGAAACUGUGAAAGAAGCUGAAGACCUGUUACCCAAGGGAGAAGUAGAUAAUACCAAGCCAGGAGACGAAGGCAAUGAGAAUAAAUCACAAUUAGACGGCGCAAAUAAGGAACAAAUAGAAGAGGAUGUGGCGGAGAGCAGUCAUUUCUUUGCCUACCUUGUCUGUACAGCUGUGCUCGUGGCAGGGCUUUACAUCACUUACCACAACAAACGGAAGAUCUUUGCCUUUCUUUUGGAAGGAAAGAAAUACAGAUCUGCUCGUCGACCUAAAUCCGGAGACUACCAGAAGCUGGACCAGAGUAUGUAAUCUUAAGUCAUGAUCUGGAAGCCAUUGCCUUGAGCUGCUGAAAAAAACUAGGGGUGUGUGUAAGAAGAGGGUGAAUGGAUACUGGCGUUAUAUAUUUUCCUGGUUCUCUCUGCGUCGACUCCACCUUUGGAUAAAUUGACCUUAUUUUAUUCUAUACCAAUAGAUGCUUAUCACGUGACUAUGCAGGUGAAACUGUUGCCUUAUCGAGGGAAUUAGUGAGAUGCAGUGAAGGUAAAAUAAGCAUGCUGUUAUUGCACUUGUCGUUAUUCCACUUUAAAGGCGAUUUUGUCAUUUGACCUGGCUAAGGUUCGGACUCAGGAUAUUUAGGUAGCAGAGGAAAUUAUUAUCUGUUUGGAUUCCAGAUUUGUAUGUACAGUACAUUAUUGCACUGUGCACUAAAUAAGCCAUUUGUAAAUUACUGUCCGUGUACAAUUUAUUUGUGGUUAAAUGUCUCUGAGAAAAUAUAACAAGAGUUUUAGUUGAAUGUAACCUUUACUUUCCAAAUGAGAUGCUUGGACAAUAACAAUGCUCUCCCACUUGAACUGCCUAACGUUUGAUACUUAUUCAGUCUGUGCUUGAAGUGGUCCAUUUUGGAAAGGCUGUACUUUGCUUUCUUGCUAAGAGUUAUGUAAGAAGAUCAAUACCACUCUAAAACAUUUCCAGUAAAUAUGGCAAAAGGUUAGAUUAGGAUAGCAUACGUACUGGAAACAGAAAAACAGACAGCAUGGCUCUGUCAAACCUAAUACCACUUUCUAGUAGCUUUUUAAAGCUCACUUUCACUCUUUUCAUCUAACUUUUAGCUAGAAAGUGAAUAUCUCCCCAAAAGGUUGAACCAGCUCCUAAGAUGAAGGAAUAAUGUGUUGACUGCUGUCAGGGUUGGGUUUGUUAACGCAUCUUAAUUGAUCCGCAAUGAUAACAUGCAUAACUUGCAUUGCUGGAAGCUGCUGUCUGAUUCUGUAACUUCCUCUUUUGAUGAAUAUGUCUUACCUGUUACACUCGUUGCUUUGCAUGAUAUGUUGUAACCUUUAAAACGGUUUUCAAAGAGGAACGUUGGACAGGUGAUUUAUUGCUUUGAGUGUGCUAUUGGAAUAAACGUGACUGGGGAUAGUA